UAUGUUAUAAGUAUUGAGUUUAGAUUACAAUGCCUUAAUGUUUGUAAAUUAAUUAUCUUCAAUAAAAAAAAAAGAGUUAGUUCUGUUUAGUUCUGUGACGUCAGCGGGCGAUACCAGCUGACCGAGCAGCCGCGGGGGGGUUCAGACCAGACAACGCAGCAGUUCAACACCUGAGAAAUCUACCACGACUCGAACAGUCGGCUUCAUCGCCGAAAGUACAUUGUGUCUUUAAAAUCUGCCACCUUUUUUACACCUGCCACAUUAGUGCAGGUCGGAUUGUAACCGAGCAGUUUCUCUUCACCCCCCUACCGGGAGCCCUCCACCAGGACGGAGACGUGCUGUGUGUUUGGAUCAUCUGCAGUGAGGCGGAUGAGCGCUUCCGCUUCUGCUGCAGCCGAACUGUCACUGCUGCAGGAUGAACAACCAGAAAUGUAGCAGCUUCAUCCAGAAACCAAGAGGACGGACGAGGAUUAUACAAUGUAUCUAUGUGGUGGGCUUCAUGGACCUGUUUGGGGUGAGCAUGAUCAUCCCGCUGCUGAGCCAUCAUGUGAAAGCCCUUGGAGCGAGUCCCACUGUGGCCGGUAUUGUAGGAUCAACAUACGGGAUCUUACAGCUCUUCUCAAGCACAAUAGUUGGCAGCUGGAGUGAUGUGGUGGGACGGCGGUACUCUCUGCUGACCUGUCUGCUGCUGAGCGCUCUGGGCUACGGCCUGCUCGGGAUGUCCACCAGCAUCGCUUUGUUCGUCCUCGCACGGAUUCCUGUGGGGCUGUUCAAGCACUCCCUGUCCAUCUGCAGAGCCCUGCUGUCUGACCUGGUGACUGAGGCAGAGCGCCCUCUGGUGAUGGGACACUUCAAUGCAGCCUCCAGUGUUGGUUUCAUCCUGGGUCCUGUGGUGGGUGGCUACCUCACGGAGCACGAAGGCGGCUUUUAUACCUCCUCCUUUACCUGUGCAGUCAUCUUCCUCACUAAUGCAGGUCUCGUAUGGAUGCUGCCAUGGAGCGAGACGCAGAUUCACCGCAACGACACUAACUCCAACAACGACACAAUUAAAGGUUGUCAUGACAACAACUGCACUAAGUCGGUUCGCAAUGGCUCUCAUGUAAAUAGUCACCAGCCAGUGUUGGCGGCAGAGACUGAGCCGGACUCCAGAGCAUCAGGGAAGCACCCAGGUGGACUCGGGUGGAGUGAGGUGUCUCUGCUCCAGUCUCCCUGGAGACAGCUGUCCUCCGUGGGCUCCAAGAUCCACAUGGUGGCCUCCUCUGACAUGUGGGACCUCUUCCUGGUGCGUCUCCUGAUGGCUAUAGCUAUCAUGCUUUACCACAGCAACUUCUCUCUGGCGAUGGAGGAGCGUUUCUCACUCAAACCAAAGGUGACGGGUUAUCUGAUCAGCUACAGCAGCACCUUAGGGGCCCUGGCUGGGUUCCUGGUGGGGCCCGUCACACAGCUGUACGGGAACAACAUGCCUGCCCUGCUGCUCCACUCCACGGUUCUCACCUCUUUACUCAUCUUCUUGUACGCCGCAGCUCCCAGUGUGUCACAGGUGCUGCUCAGCUCCACCUUCUUUGCCAUUUCCACCUGUAUUGGACGGACAUGCAUCACAGACCUGGAGCUGCAGAGAGGUGGAGUCCAGGCCAGUGGGACUCUGAUCGGUGCCGGGCAGUCAGUUACAGCCGUCGGUCGAAUCCUGGCUCCUCUCCUCUCUGGUCUGGCCCAGGAGUUCAGCCCCUGUGGGCCUCCCAGUCUGGGAGUGAUCUUAGCUCUUGCAGCUGUAGGUUUACUGCUCAUUAGGAUCCCCAAAUGGGACGGGAGAGGGAUGACAAAAAAAACUCAAGGUAACUGAAUGAAUAUCUACCAUACAGAGAAGUGCUCUUAUUUGUAGGAGGAAGAAGACGAACAGCAAAGUGGGAACGAUGUGUCCUGCUCAAAUGACAAUCGUAUCUGUAGAUGUGACGACGUCACAGGGUCAGAAUGGCCACCACCAGCACUACAGCCGCUCUCUCAGGAAGAGCGGUUUCAAAACUCUGCUUCCCUCUGUGCUGAAGUUUGCCCAGACAGAAACAUAAGGGCUUUGUAUCGGCACACACUACUUGGGACAGCUUGGAAACAAUGCACACUUUCAUUUUUAAUGUAAAUCUCUAACCACUACAUUGUCCAAAGUUACUGUCGACCUGCUGAUGAUACACCACAAGUCAAAAGAACUUCUUCUAAUUCAUUAAAAUACACAUUCCAGGCAGUGAUGCUUCACACAUUCAUAAAUGAGCUGAAUCUAAAGUUGCUGUCGGGCUGCCCGACCACCCCGAGGUAGAUCACGCUGUUGUAGUUUAGGAGAAGUAAGUAAGUAAGUUAGCCAUAAUUACCUCUGCCAAGGCCAAAGGACUAGGAAGGAGGUUAUGUUUUCACCGGCGUUGAUUUGAUGGUGUGUUUGUUGGUUUGUCCGUUUGUAGGAUUACUCCAAAAGUACGGGGUUGGAUUGGAAUUACAUUUUUUGGAGGGGUGGGAUGUAGCACAAUGAACAAUCUUUUAGAUUUUGGUGUCGAUUCGGAUCAUGAUCCGGAUUCAGCCUGAGCAUUAAAACCACAGGGUAUAACACAUGCGCAGUGUAGCUGCUGACGCGUUGAUGAUGCAUGACAACGCCUUCUUCCUACAGAGAGGGGGAGAUGACUGUAGAUUCAGCGUUUUUUCACAUUAAACUCAGUUGAGUUAGACCAAAGCACACUUGGUGAUUGUUGGAAAGAGUAACGACGUCGGUUUAGGUGAAUUUUAUUUUGUUUAUUUUGUUUCGGUUCCUAUGGUGGUAUAUGAGCAAAUGUUUGUUCUAGUUUCUGACUCUUGAAUUUCACAGUUAUAGGGAUUUGUUCACUUAUUUUAGAAUAUGUUUAAUGGAGAUUAAUAAAUUCAUAUUUUUUUAAGUUAAGUUUCAGCUGUACACUGAGCACCACUGUUGUUUUAAAAACCCAAUGGGAAUAAAAAAAAUGUAUACAUUUCUGUAAAGAUGCCAGAUUCAUGCCAAAAAGUCACAAGGAAUAAACACCAUUUUGUAUGAGA